AUGUUCCCGACAGCGUAUCCGUCAUUGAUUCCUCUCGCACAUAUGCGUGCUGUCAGCUCGAUCGUCGAGAACUGUCUCGCGUAUCACAUUGCGAUCUCCCCGUUCCGGUUCAUUACAGUCUUCGCGCUGAAGAGGUCCGUCUUGGACCACGUUACCAUGCUGAUUACUGUCGUCUUCAAGAACGACAUGUUCGGUGCCGACAACAAAGAGUCUACGGAAACGGGUGCUAGGUAA